AUGUCAUAUUUGGUUGUUUGGUUAUAUAUUUUAAUGUUGCUGCCGCUAUCAGAGACAGCUCCUACCUUCCACAACCAUCCGGGAACUUUGAAUUUAAAUGAAAAUGCCGACUCUGCCCUUGAUCUAUGGUCAGGUGUAUCAGCUACAUGCUAUCCGUCCACCAACACUUACGUUUUCAACAUUUUUGGUAUAAAGUUGUUCAAAACCGGCGAAGAUCAACGCACUGUGAAUUGCGAGACAUGCACACUAUCUUCAAAUCCAAAUUCUGGGCUGUUUUCUUGGUCAGGCAGCAUUAUACAUGUUAUACGCAAAUCAGCAUGUUCAGCAACAAGCUGUGGUGCGUGUGCGUCAUGUACGGCAUGUUCUACCAGUAACGGAUGUAUGACUGGCCCAGCUACUUACAAUCUCAUCGUUCAAUGUUAUACCACUUCAUACGACAACAAUGAUGACGGAACAUCUACACUUACCGUUAAUGUCGUAGAAGAAACACCGACAUUGGUCAUAAGCCUUCCAGAUUCCGUCAAUGCAGAUAACUCGAUGAGCUCCGGUACUGUUCUUGCGACAGCUUCAAAAUCGAGCGGUGGACCAAUUGUGGAUUACACAAAACCUACUGCAGUCGUGAAUACAUACUCUAUUGGUACCGUUAAUAUGUUUGAGCUAAAUACAGCAAACGGCCAAGUGUAUUUGGCUACUAACCCUGCUGUAGAAUACGACUAUACCUACACAAUUCGUGUAUGUAUAUACACCAGACGCCAAGAAUCAUGCAAAACAAUGACAAUAAAUUUUGACGGGUGUUUCCAGACACCAAACUGUAACAGCCAGACCGAUACAAGCAGCUUUAAUGACCAAUUUCCAGUUGGUGGAACUUUCUUCACUAUGACCUAUAACCAACCGUCGGAUCAUUUCCCAGCAAUAAGUUCGACUUGGCAAAAUCUCAAUUUUGUCAUUGUAUCAUCCACGCUGAAUGAAGCAUCGUUAAAUCUGAAUACAGGUGUAUUAUCAUCAACUGGCAAUAUAACUGUAUGGCCAGAUUAUCCAUAUUCAACCCAUACUAUUGUAGUGAGAGUGAGUAAUCCAGGGCACUCGUGCCACUAUUCCAGCACGUGUACGAUGUCAAUGCGAAUAGCAUUUACAAACUGGCCCAUUAGAAUAACUAGUCUACCUACAAGCAGAAAUAUACAUGAAGACACCGAUGCGCGGACUCUCGUUCACAGUAUAAUCACCUAUGACUACAAUAAUCCGGAUCAUGACAACGUCACAUGCGUUGUUGUCACCAAUGAAGAACCGACGCUCCUUGAAUUAUACCAUAACGGAAGCUUUAAUCAUAACUCAUGGUUCAUAUACAAGAAGAGGUGCCAAUAUCCUGAUUGCGGAUACAUCGAUGCUAGUUUUCUCUGUUUAGAAAACGUCGCCUGUUUGAACUAUGACCUUGACAACGAGUAUACAAUGACGGUCAAAUGUAACGAUGCGUAUGGUUCAGACGACGAGGAGACGUUCACGUUAAAGGUGACGGAGAAUCAACCACCCGUGUUCAGCAAUACUCCGACAACAAUAACGAUAAACACUGACAACAUAGCACAUUUAGACAACAUAUUCUCUAUCUACUACACGGACGCUGAAAGUGAAACACUUGACUAUAACUACACCAUAUCACCAAUUACACCAUCAUUGUUUGCUUUCGAUGAUCGUGGAAACUACAACAUAUUUGCUAAACCGACAAAUGAUGAGUGCAUACCAAAAUCCAAAAUGCCAAAAGGUAAUCCAGCAAAUGUAACCACAACAAUAUUUCAAUGGGAUCUUGUGAACAGUACAUUUUCCAUUACUUUCUGUGGCAGAGAGAGACGAAACAUUGUCUGUUCUUCAUUUACUAUUGAUAUUCGAGAAUAUUGUGGGCCAACACCUGUUUGCACGGACGCUUCUUCUACAAUAACGGACCAGGAAGCAGCAGGAAGUGAGGUAUUCCAAAUUACUGUCACCGGAACUGGAUACACACAACUUACUUACGUUAUUAUAUCCGAAUACCCGGACCUAUUUUCUGUUGAUCCAUUCACAGGAAGUGUGACAAUGGUUUCAUCAUUAGAAGCAACCAAUCCACCAAACCCAAGCACCUACUCCCUCGUUGCGAAUGUGUAUGACACUGCUGCCUGUGCUCACGCAGCCUGCGCACUGAGCUUGGAAGUGACAUUCACGAAUAAGGAUAUAAGCAUAACCAACAUGGCAAGUGUUAGCGUAAAUAUUCAUGAGGACACGACAGAAUCUGUAACAAUUGUCACCAUAGCAACCUCUGAUGCUAAUACAAAUGAUGCCGUCACAUGUGAGGUUGACGAGGCCGCCUCAACACCGGCCAAUAACCACAUUUUCUUCGCUGUUGAAACUGAUACUGAUUCUAACGUGUUCCAGAUUAUAAGCAAAGAAGGGCCGGGUUUUGAUUAUGAUGUUGCAGACACGUAUACAAUAGUGGUCGUUUGUGAAGAUAAUUAUGGUUCGUCUGACACAGCUACAGCAACGGUCUCUAUUCUAGAGAACCAAAUUCCCACAAUGGAUAACUUAAAUGCUGGAGAUAUUAUCAAUGUAGAUCCUAUGACUGUGAAGUCUGGGGCCAUCAUUUUUACGCUACAGACAACAGAUGCUGAAAACGACCCCCUCCUGUAUUCCUGUAAUGUUACAGACAGCUUCGUUCCUCUACAGUGUUUGUCAGAUGGUGUCGUAUCGUUAAAGAGAGAUGUAAGAAUACCAGAUGAAGAGGGGGAAAUGUAUAUCAUUACUUUGUGCAUAGAAGAAAAUGUUCACACUCAUGUGGUCUGUGAAAAUCUCAACGUAAAUAUUUCAUCUUCAAAAACAAAUCCUCAACUAAACAAUCUGCCAGAAACAGUAAGUUUCGACGAAAACUCAGCUGUUGGGACAACAUUAUUUACUGCAACAGUAGAUGAUCCAGAUGCACUGGACGUGCAUACAUUCUCUAUAACAGUUUAUCCAAAAUCUGCAACUUCAGCAUUUUCACUUGAUGCGAAUGCCGGAGUUUUGACAUUGCAAGAAGCUCUUGACUACGAGACAUUGAAUCAUUAUGAGUUUUUGUUCAGUGUUAGAGAUGUAUAUUUACCUGGACUGGAAGAGAAAUACUUAAACCUCACUGUCACUGAUGUCAAUGAAGCUCCAGUACUUACAAUGUUUCAAACCACUAUGAAACAAUUGGAAAAAUCAGAAAUUUAA